UUUUAUAACAGGACUGAAUUUUUCCCCCUCGACUGGAUAUGAGGCAUGGUUUCGACAUUUACAGUGAGAGCAGAAUAGGAUGACAAAGGAUACAGAUGAAAUAAGAGGAAAACAGAUUAGUAUUCCUGAGUGAGCAGGGGCCAGUGGCAAUCAAGAAUCCUGAAUCCGGUAUCUGGCUCCACGUUUUGCUAUGAGCCAGUGGAGUCCGUGGAAGAUGCCGAGAUCGCUGCAGAGGAGCUCUAAACGCACAGCUUAACACCAGCGCUGGGGAGAUCGGCUCCUCUCCUCUCCACUCCUCUGCUUUUGGGGAGGCGACGGGAAAGAGAGACAGCAGGGAGGCAGAGAGAGAGGGGGGUACAACGUAAAAACGGGAAAAGACAGGGAGCAUUUUUAUUUUAUUUUUUUGGUUUUGUUUGGUUUUUGUUGUUUCAGGCUGCUUGGACUAUCAGCCUGUGUGUGUGUGUGUGAUUUUUCCUGGCUCUCUCUCUCUCUCUCUCUUUCUCAUAACUGUCUUCUGGUUUUCUGGGAUGGUUUGAAGAAGACUUGUAUGUGAUGCUUCCUGCACAGAGACCAGCAGUAUUCCUCCUGGUCACCAUCCCGAGAUUUCAAUGAGGAGAGUAGCCUCGCUCCACCCAGGAACAUGAAGGGCUUAUCAGGUGGUCGUGUACCGCACCAGAUUCCCACACUGCUCCCGUGUGGACUGGUGGAGUGCGAGCAUCUCCAUGACCUACACGGCAUGCAUGUGUCCGAUCUACGCCACUCCUACCUGCUCAGCCCCACGGAGACCUACGCCAUGGACUUCCAUCACCGUCUUUCCCCCCGCAGCUCCAUUCACUCGGACUGCAUGAUCAUGUCACCCGUGGCGCUAACUUCCACUGCCCCUGCCGACCAUAUCUCCAGCAGCACCUUUCCCAGAAUGCACUACAAUUCACAGUACUAUGACCCAGCUGCCCGGGAAGACUGUGCAGCCAUCACCACCUCAGCCACAUCUGCCGCCGCCGCCGCUGCAACAUCCGCCUCUCGUCACGGCAGCAGCAAGAGCAACCGCAUCCCCACAAACCUGCUGGACCAGUUCGAAAAACAAUUUCCGCUUCAUCGCGACGGCUUCCACACACUCCAGUACCAACGCACAUCUGCCGGCCCUGGUGGGGAGCAGCGCAGUGAGAGCCCCGGUCGCAUCCGACACCUGGUGCACUCUGUCCAGAAGCUCUUCACCAAGUCUCACUCACUGGAGGGAUCGUCCAAGAUGAAUGGCACCAAAGGUGACAGUGGAGGUGGGGGAAGCCAUCACCAUCACCACGGCAAUCAUCACUCAUCCAAGCAUGGAAGCAAGCGCAGUAAAAGCAAGGAGCGCAGGCACCGGUCAGGGACGGGGGGCUGGUGGAGCUCGGAUGACAACCUAGAUAGCGAUAGCACCUACCGAACGGCCAGCGCCUUGAGCCGCCACCAUCAUGAGCACGUAGGUCACAGUUUCCCAGAAUCCAUGCACACUCACUUUGGAGACCAUUCACUCAAAACCUCCAAAAGCAACAAUGAUGUCAAGUGUUCAGCCUGCGAGGGCCUGUCCAUGGCACCCGAGGAAAAGUACAUGAAGAGGAGUUCCUGGUCAACACUCACCGUCAGCCAGGCCAAAGAGGCCUAUCGAAAGUCCUCCCUUAACCUAGAGAAACCCAUGAUGCAUCAGGACCUUAAACCAUCAUUCCGGUCCUCACACUACCUACAGGUGCCUCAGGAUGAGUGGGGGGGUUAUCCAGGGAUUGAGAAUGAGGAUGAGAUCCCAUGUCGUCGGAUGCGUAGCAGUAGUUACGUCAAAGCCAUGGGAGAUGAUGAUAGUGGUGAGUCUGAUACCAGCCCCAAGACGUCACCUCAGAAGACUGUGCGCUCCGAUGCUCUUGUCCUCAAAUCAGCCAUGCAGAGGCCUCAUAUAGACACCCAAAGCUCUGGCUACCACUUGCAAACAACGAGAGAUAUGCGCCCUCAUCCCAGCGUAUCUCUGGACCCAGCAACCAACUUCAAUCCCCCACAGUUUCGCUCCAGAAACCAGAGCUACAUGCGUGCAGUCAGCACCUUCAGUCAGGCAAGCUGUGUCAGCCAGGUGAGUGAGACUGAGGUCAAUGGCCAGUUUGAGUCAGUUUGCGAGUCCGUUUUUAGCGAAGUAGAAUCCCAGGCCGUGGAGGCCUUGGACCUGCCCGGCUCUUUCCGCACUCGAAGCCACAGUUACCUGCGUGCAAUUCAGGCUGGGUAUUCCCAAGAUGACGACUGCUUGCCUUCAAUGACAUCCUCUACUGUCACUUCAACUCUCAGAUCCACAACAGGGGCCCGUAGCUUAGCUGGGGGGCGUAGAAUGUACGGGAUCCAGUUUCGUCUCCCUGCUGCCUGUAGUGUGGAUCGAACAGAAACUCCAACUCCAGCGGUAGUGACAUAUACACCUGACUACAAGAAGACUCCUCCACCUGUUCCUCCUCGUUCCACCACUAAGCCGCUGAUUUCUGUAACAGCCCAGAGCAGCACAGAGUCGAUGCAGGAUGCGUACCACGAGGGUCGGCCGUCACGGGGAGUGAUUUGGGCACCGGAUAGCCUCGGCCGGGUUAUCUACAACUCCGCCGACAGCCUGGAUAGCGCAAAGGCGGUGACCCUAACAAUGGAAACCGCAUCCAAGCGCCUCACUUCUGCGGGGAGCUACAGCUCUGUUCAGACCUGCGAUAAGGCCAUCCUGGUGUCUAAAGCAGAGGAAUACCUCAAGACUCCACGUUCUUCUAUCGGGAUACAGGUGGAAGCAGCCACAGAUUCUGAGACAGAUAGUAAAGGUCUCCCACAGUAUCAGUCUGUGGGUAUCCAGGUUGAGGAUGAGAAGAGACUUGGCCGCUUUAAACGGUCUAACAGUGUGACGACGGCAGUUCAGGCUGAUUUGGAGUUGGAAGGGUUUCCUUCGACCGAAGACAAGAGUCUGCAGUUUGGAGGAUUUCACCGGCAUUCUGAACCCAGUACACCCACACAGUACAACAUGGUUCGGACUGUACGCACACAGGGCCUUUUUAGCUACCGUGAGGAUUACAGGCCCUCCAGUGGGCCGCCCAGUCCGCAGCCUGAACCCUGGCUGGUGGAGCCCUCUCUUGAAGCAGCCGAGUCCGGCCGUGUGUCGCCCCUCCGCCACGAUGGCAGCUGGUUCAUGCAGCUUCUGCACAGAGAGACUAAACGUAUGGAGGGAUGGUGCAAAGACAUGGAACGUGAGGCUGAGGAGCACGACCUGUCGGAGGAGAUUCUUGGGAAGAUCCGGAGUGCUGUGGGCAGCGCUCACCUCCUCAUGUCCCAGAAAUUCCAGCAGUUUUACUGGUUGUGUCAGCAAAAUUUGGACCCCAGCGCUAUGCCACGCCCCACGGCUCAGGACCUGGCUGGCUUCUGGGAUCUCCUGCAGCUCUCCAUCGAUGAUGUCACUGCCAAGUUUGAUGAGCUGCAGCAAAUCAAGACUAAUGAGUGGAGGAUAGUGGAGAGUCCAGAGAAGAAGGAAAGAAAAUGGCCACCUCCUGUUACAAAGAGGCCUCCUAAAGGUCGUGGAGCUGUCAUGCGUGAGCGAUCCUUGGAUCUGCAGGACCGACAGAGGCAAGAGGCCCGCCGUAGGCUCCUAGCUGCAAAACGGGCUGCUUCAUUCCGUCAGAGCUCAGCUACAGAGCGGGCCGACAGCAUAGAGAUUUACAUCCCUGAAGCCCAAACACGUUUAUGAAACACACAUAACAACAGGGUACAUCCAUUCUGCUCCAUGUCACUGCUCCGCCCGUACACAUUCUGACAUCUGUUACAAGUAUUCUUCCUCUGCUCAUCAUAUACUCUAAGCUGAGAAUAGUGGUGAGUUUAUAUAUGCCUCAAACAGAGCUCAAUGCAAAGAGGUCAUGGCAGUCUAUGCACUCCAAGGCCUGCAGCUACUGCAACCCAGUUUGUAUUUCAGUUUUAGUUCAUUCAGAGGCCAAAACUAAGGCUUUGUUCACUGCACACAAAUCUGAAUUGGUUUUCAUAAUUAAUUUUUAGGAUGCAAUUAGGAUGCGGUUGCAAUAUAAGUAACAGUCCCUCCAUGAGAUGUGUGAGAGCGAUUAGCUCAUAUUAGCAAUUAUUAUAUUAGCAUUCAUGCAAAUACUGUCCAAGACCACUGACUCAAUCACUCACUAUUCGUGACAUGAAUUUUAUGAAGCCAUAGGGACAUGGUGAUGGAAAAUUAUAUUUCAAUGCUUUUUUGUUCUCUCGCAAAACUCUUGCAUUCUCUUGAAAAAACUACAACUUUGCAUUCUCUUACAAAACGUUUCCGCAAAACUUUUGCGUUCUGUUACGUUCCUCUGAGAAGCUUUGCAUUCUCUCAUGUAACUUUUGCAUUCCCUUGAGAAACUUCGCAUUCUCUUACAAAACUUUUGCGUUUUCUCAAAAAAACAUUUACAUUUCCCUUUGAAGCUUUGCGCUUUCUUGUGAAACAUUUGCACUUCUCACACUACCUUUGCUUUCCCCUAAAAAAUGUUGCUUUCUCUCACUAAACAUUUGUGUUCUUGCACAAAAACUUUUGCGUUCCCCUGAGAAAUUUUUAAUUUGCUCACAAAACGUUUGUGUUGGAAAUAAUAUGAGGUGGCUAUAUUCCAGUGCUUUUGUGAGAGAAUGCAACAUUUCUUGGGGCAACGCAAGAAAUUUGUUUUUUUACAUUUGCGAAAGAGCACACAAAAAAAAUUGUGAAUCACUGCAAUGUUUAUUGAGGGAACACAAUACUUUUGCGAUAAAAGGCUUAGAAAUAUAAUUUCCAUUCC